UUCUUGUUGUUUUUAAUUCUCGUUUUCUUGUUGUUUCUUGAUUUUUUUUUCUUUCAUCUGGAUUGGAUUGUGGUGUUUUUUUGGUGAAUGGAUUGUGGUUAAAAGUAGGGUUUGAGUGGAGGUUUGAAUGGGAAUGUAGGAAAAAAGGGAUUGGGACUUGUGGUUGUUAGGAGAUGGAGGGCUGUGACUGCAUCGAGCCACCAUUUCCUGCUGAUGAGCUUUUGAUAAAGUAUCAGUAUAUAUCGGACUUCUUUAUAGCCCUUGCCUACUUCUCCAUUCCUCUUGAGCUCAUAUACUUCGUCAAAAAAUCAUCAUUCUUUCCGUAUAGAUGGGUGUUGAUACAAUUUGGGGCGUUUAUUGUUCUUUGUGGAGCUACCCACCUUAUAAAUUUGUGGACUUUCAAUAGCCACACAAGGACACUUGCUUUGGUAAUGACUGUUGCAAAGGUUUCUACUGCUGUUGUGUCAUGUGCGACGGCCUUAAUGCUUGUUCACAUAAUUCCUGACCUGUUGAGUGUGAAAACAAGGGAGCUGUUUUUGAAGAAUAAGGCAGAAGAGUUGGAUAGGGAGAUGGGCCUUAUACGCACACAAGAAGAAACCGGGAGGCAUGUCAGAAUGCUUACUCAUGAAAUCAGAAGCACACUUGAUAGGCAUACUAUACUGAGGACUACACUAGUUGAGUUGGGGAGGACACUGGAUUUGGCUGAAUGUGCGCUGUGGAUGCCCUCAAGAACUGGCAUGAAUCUUCAGCUUUCUCAUACCUUACAUAACCUGAUACCAGUUGGGUCAACUGUGCCUAUCAAUCUGUCAAUUGUAAAUAAAGUUUUCAGUAGCAAUCAAGCGAUAAAAAUCCCUUAUACCUGCCCAUUGGCAAGGAUUCGACCUCAUACAGGAAGAUAUGUGCCCCCAGAGGUUGUUGCAGUGCGAGUUCCAUUGUUACAUCUAUCAAAUUUUCAAAUCAAUGAUUGGCCUGAACUUUCUGCAAGAAGUUAUGCGGUUAUGGUUUUGAUACUUCCCUCAGACAGUGCACGAAAAUGGCAUGUUUAUGAAUUGGAGCUUGUAGAGGUGGUUGCAGAUCAGGUAGCUGUCGCACUUUCACAUGCUGCCAUUUUGGAGGAGUCUAUGCGAGCAAGAGAUCAACUGAUGGAGCAAAAUGUUGCCUUAGAUUUAGCUCGACGUGAAGCUGAAAUGGCCAUUAGAGCUCGAAAUGAUUUUCUAGCUGUAAUGAACCAUGAAAUGCGGACUCCAAUGCAUGCAAUUAUUGCCUUGUCGUCUCUGCUUCUUGAAACUGAGUUAACUCCAGAGCAACGCUUGAUGGUGGAGACUAUUUUGAAGAGCAGCAACCUUUUAUCAACACUUAUCAAUGAUGUUUUAGAUCUUUCCAAGCUUGAGGAUGGGAGCCUUGAGUUGGAGAUUGGACCUUUCAAUCUUCAUACAGUAUUCAGAGAGGUCAUUAAUUUGAUAAAGCCGAUUGCUGCUGUCAAGAAACUCUCAGUAUCAUUGACUUUGGCUCCUGAUCUGCCCUUUUAUGCUGUUGGUGAUGAAAAACGGUUAAUGCAGACCCUACUGAAUGUUGCUGGGAAUGCAGUGAAGUUUACGAAGGAGGGUUACAUCUCAAUCACAGCUGCUGUCCCUAAACCGGAUUCUUUUAGGGAUCCUCGAGCUCCUGAGUUCUAUCCUGUAGCCCCUGAUGGGCAUUUCUACUUACGUGUGCAGGUCAGGGAUACUGGUUGUGGAAUCAGCCCACAAGAUUUACCUCAUAUAUUCACAAAGUUCGUGCACACUCAAAAUGGAGCGAGCAAAGGAAGUAGUGGCAGUGGGCUAGGGCUUGCCAUCUGUAAGAGGUUUAUAAGUCUAAUGGAUGGGCAAAUUUGGCUUGAGAGCGAAGGUUUGGGAAAAGGUUGCACUGCAACAUUCAUCAUAAAGCUUGGAAUUUAUGAAGAUCCAAAUGGAUACUCACAACAACUUGUUCCAAUAAACAAGCCAUCUCAUGGGGAUCCAGAUAUCUCUGGCCCCAGGGCACCCUUCAAAGAUGAGAGGACGCUGAUGCCUCCAAAGGCGGUUCGGUAUCAAAGAAGUGUAUAGCAUGAUGUGAGAUGAAUUAAUUGGUUGGUGCAGCGGGUAUCAUGCCUGGGAAGUAUUCGAUUUGAACCAUCUUUGAUACGGUUGAGGAUAGUGAAGCCCCAAACCAAUUUCUGUGCUGCAAGGACAUAAUACUUCUGAUGUGGACAUUUUCAGGAGUUUUUGAUGUGUAUAAGUUAACAAGAUAAUAGGGGUUUUGUGCUCAGUACAACACAAUCAAGAAUGCUAAACCAAUCAUCGGACUUCCCUGUGCAGAGAUCGACAGACAUGUAUAUGAGAAAGUUGUCUACUUGUUUACAUGUAAUGAAUUAUUUAUUGUUGAGAGUUAAUAUUCCCUGUUGUCCAUUUCGUUGGUGAUUUUGAAUGAUCAGGUAAAUCUUUGUAGAUCUGUUCUACAUAAAUGUAUCAUGAAUGAUCAGGUAAAUCUUUUGGACUGACUUUUAGACCUUAACAAGUUCUA